ACUUAAAUGUAUACUAGUUUUGGAUAAUUUGUAGAACAUUAUUUUUAAGUUAGAUAUGUUCUAUAAAAAUGUUGUGUAUUUCUACAAAAUUAAGACUUCAAGUUAUAGUGGUAUUUGAUAUAAUGUCGGUAGGUAGAUUAAAUUGGAUGGACCACAUUGUCUUUUUUUUAGACUUUCAGAUAGUGUGAAGAAGAAAUUGUGAUUCUUUUGAAAACGGUUUAAAAUUAAUUAAAUUCUAUACUUUACGUUUAAAUCAACAGUAUACUUGAAAUGGAAAAAAAUUCUGAUAUUUUAAACGAUCUGAACAUAUUUCCAGAAUUUAAGAGUGGCGAAUUAAAUGAAUUCAGAAAAUUAUCGUCUUUUUGUUAUAAGAAACUUAAGUUAUUACUUCAAAGCGAAGACGAAAUCCGAUUUCAGUAUAAAAUAUGGAGUUUUAUGGAAAAACAUCCAAUAUUUCAACGAGAAUCACUAGUUUUAUCUAUGGAUGAACAAAGGCAUAUUGCAACCAAGCGUCAAAUGGUACUGUGGAAUGAAAAGAUGUAUUCAAUUAAGGAGUACAUGGAAAACCCGAAAUUAUCAAGUGCUUUUACACAAGCGUUGUAUGCUUAUGAUCCUAGUAUGUCUGUGAAAUAUGGGCUUUGCUUUGGAAUGUUUCCAUCAGUAUUAGUUACUUUGGGAAGUGACAGAUUAAUCAAAUACGUUGAAAAAAAUUUAAAAGGUGAAGUGUUGGGAGCAUUCGCUUUAACAGAAAUUUCUCAUGGUACAAACGUACGUGGAAUGAGAACGACUGCUACUUAUGAUAAGAACACUAAAGAAUUUAUUUUACAUUCUCCGGACUUUCAAGCGGCAAAAUGUUGGGUCGGAAAUUUAGGAAAAACCUGUACGCACGCUAUAGUAUACGCACAAUUAUAUACUCAAGAUGGUAAACACCAUGGAUUGCAUUCAUUUUUGGUACCAAUACGUAAUACUAAAACUCUAAAUACACACCCGGGGAUAGUAGUUGGGGAUUUGGGAGAAAAAAUUGGAUUAAAUGGAGUAGAUAAUGGUUUUGUGAUGUUCAAUAACUACAAAAUUCCAAAAGAAAAUUUGUUAUCAAAAACCGGCGAUAUUGAUGAAAAUGGUAAUUUUUUUUCGAAAUAUUCAGAUAGUCGAAAAAGAUUUGGUGCUUCUUUAGGAGCACUUUCGUCUGGCCGUGUUGGUAUUUGUGGUUUGGUAGCGGUUGGAUACACUAAAGCUAUAACUAUAGCUAUUCGCUACUCUGCUUGUAGAAGACAAUUCGGGCCAAGUGAUGAGGAGAAAGAGAUUUCAAUUAUUGAAUAUCAAUCUCAACAAUACCGCCUUCUGCCACAUUUAGCAAAUGUUUAUGCAAUACGGGUUUUUGCAGCAUGGUUAUCAAAUGAGAAUUUAGAUAUGCAGAUUGCUUUAAUUACAGGAGAAAGAGAUGUAUCAGAUGUAGGUAUGGAAAUACAUGCGUUAUCUUCUGCUGCAAAAGCGGUUGUAGCUUGGCUCGCCCAAGAUGGGAUUCAAGAAUGUCGAGAAGCUUGUGGUGGACAUGGUUAUUUAAGGCUUAGUUCGUUAGGAGAACUAAGAAACGACAAUGAUGCAAGUUGCACAUAUGAAGGAGCAAACAAUGUAUUAAUUCAACAAGCUUCGAAUUGGUUAAUUAGUUUGCGAAAAAAAUCGAAAGAAGAAUUUAAAAAUGUGUCACCUCUAAAAUCAGCUGUUUUUGUUUCAAGCAUGGACAAUAUAUUAAAAAAAAAAUGUACUUUUAAAAAUGUUGAUGAAGCUCUGUUUCCUGAAAAUUUGAUGUUCGUUCUAGACUGGUUAAUUUCAUGGCAAUUAAAUGUUACCGUAAGCAAGUGCAAGUGCCUGAAAGAAGAAGGAAAAUCACCCUUUGAAAUUCGAAAUGAGUCGCAAUCUUUUUACGCCGCAACUCUUGCUAUUAUAUAUGCACACAGAAUGAUUUUCUACGUAUUCCAUGAAAAAGUAAAAAAUCUUAAAAAUAGUCCAGAAAAAUUGGUGCUUGAGAAAGUUUUAUCAUGCUUUGGAGCUAAUAUAAUUUUGAAGCAUUUGCAUGUGCUAUUUCAGGGCGAAUUUUUUGAAAAUGCGCAACAAUCAUAUUUUUACCAAGAAGGCAUUUUGAAAUUGCUUUCAAUUUUGAAAAAGGAAUGUAUUUCACUAGUUGAUUCAAUCGCUUUUCCGGAUUUCAUUACAAACUCAGCUUUAGGAAUGAGUGAUGGAAAUAUUUAUCAUUAUUUGCAGCGUGCCAUACUGACAACCCCGGGUUGCCUUGAACGGCCUAAGUGGUGGAAAGAUAUUGUUUUUAAAGAUUAUUUAAAACACAAAUUGUAAAAGAAAUAUUUGUUUAUUUUUUAAACUUUUUAUACAAAAAGUAAUCAACUUGUGCCUAUUACUCCUGAAAUUUAGAAAUAGUUUGAAAUUUUAAAAUUUAGAAUAAUUUUUUUUUUUUUUAAAUUACUAAAAGCGGUACCUUUAAUACAAAAGUAUAUAUGGUGGAGGAGGUGUAAAAUGUAUGAAUAAGUUAAUAAAAAUUUGUAAACAUAAUCGA